UGCAUCCACACCUCGCUAUUCCAACCCUCUUCGAUUGGAGACUUUCAAACUAUUCCACACAAGCAGCAAUGGCUCCUCCCCAAAAUACCAGCCAAGCAGUUAUGUAAUCAGGAAAAAUAAUCUACGAGAUCGUCAUCCCAAACAAGCUCCUGAUAUCCAUCGUCGGUGCAAUAAUUGUUGCUUUGGUAGUAUUAUUCUACUUCACACGUGACCGCGGUCGAAGACAAGGGCAUAUCGCUCUCUGGAGAACACUAAAAGGCAUGGAGGAAGAGGAGAUACUCGAUGAGAUCCGAUAUCUAUGCUGGGAAAAUAAUGUCAAACUGGGGAGAUUCCCUCGAACUUACCAUACCAGAGGCGUGAGCGGAGGUCGCGAAUUUGAGUCUGGGUAUGAAAGGGAGAGUGAUACGGAGGAUGGUGGAGAUGGGUAUGAGUAUGAGUUUGAGUAUGAGUAUGGGUAUGAUGGGUAUGAGCGUGUACAGGAAGAUGAUUAUGAGAUGGAGAGUGAGGUUCUACUUGGAGAUUAUCCUGAAUACGCCUGA